CAACGUCCCGUGGGGGAUAAAAGGAGCCCGGGGGUGGCCUUGGGGACAGAGAUGCCGAGCUCGUGGCUUCUGGUGGUGGCGGUGCUGGGGGGGGCCUGCGCCCUCCCCGCCCCGGAGAGCUUCUCCUACACCCAGGCGCUGGUGCAGGCUGUGGAUUCCUUCAACCAGCGCCCAGAGGUGAAGAACGCCUUCAGGCUGCUCAGCGCGGAGCCCGAGCCCGCCCCGGGCUUGGAGCUGAGCUCGCUGCAUGGAUUCAACUUCAGCAUGAUGGAGACGAGCUGUGCCAGCAGCUCCCGCAGCGACCCCGAGGACUGCGACUUCAAGGAGAACGGGCUCAUCUUGGAGUGCCUGGGGCUGGUGAAGAACACGCAGGAUUCCCCCGAGCUGGACCUGAGCUGCUCCGACGCCUCUUCUGACCCGGUUCUGGUCGAGCGCGGCCGCUUCGGGCGCUUCGUGCGCAGGAUCCGGCGCUUCCGGCCCUCGAUCAAGUUCGACCUUCGCCUGAAGGGGAGGGUGGGCCUGGGCUGAGCAAUAAAAGGGUCACAGCAGUGGCCGUGUGGGCACCGCA